AAGAAAAACAAUGGCGGAUCGACAAGGAGGUCAAUCACGAAGAACACGUCAACAACGUGGUCCAUUAUCAGGUUCGCUAAUCUUGAAUCGUCUCCAAAAACACCGGCCGAGCACUUGUCAAGUGUUUGGCAUGAUUGCCCUAGCCAUAUCUGGCGGCAUCCUCCUCCUCCUAACGGCCCUCACAAUGACGGCGACGGUGAUCGGAAUAAUGGUAUUCUCUCCGUUCCUGAUAAUAUCGAGCCCAAUUUGGGUUCCAUUUGCAGCCCUAAUACUCUUCGUAGUCGCCGGAUUCCUCUCAAUGUUCUGCUUCGGCGUCGUCGCGGUCGCCGCAUUAGCCUGGGCGUAUAGAUACUUGAAAGGUUUCCAUCCGCCCGGUUCGGACCGGGUCGAUUACGCUAGAAGCCGGAUCGCAUGCACGGCCAGCCAUGUCAAAGAUUAUGCAAGGGAGUAUGGUGAGUAUUUGCAUAAUAAGGUCAAAGAUGCUGCCCCUGGUGCUUGA